AAUGAGACUGGAGUGACUGGAACCCUUGAGAGCCGAGGCUGACCAUGCUGCUCCCUAGGAGGGCCGGGAACUACUGACGGUACGGCUGGACGGUUAUUCGUGUCACUUACAAUUACCAAAAAGAAUGGACAAGCUUAAUAAAAUAACUGUCCCCGCCAGUCAGAAGCUGAGGCAGCUUCAAAAGAUGGUCCAUGGUAUUAAGAACAAUGAAGGUGGAAUAAUGAACAAAAUCAAAAAGCUAAAAGUCAGAGCACCUCCAAGCGUUCCUCGAAGGGACUAUGCUUUAGAGAGCCCUGCUGAUGAAGAGGAGCAGUGGUCAGACGACUUCGACAGCGACUAUGAAAACCCAGACGAGCACUCGGACUCGGAGAUGUAUGUGAUGCCCGCCGAGGAGAACGGGGACGACAGCUACGAGCCGCCUCCGGCCGAGCAGGAGACGAGGACGGUGCACCCGGCCCUGCCCUUGGCCAGGGGCGAGUACGCAGACAACCGCUCAAGCCAGAGGCCGUCCCCACCCUUCAGCAAGACACUUCCCUGUAAGCCCAGCUGGCCUGCGGUGAAAGCCAAGCUGGCCGCCACUCUACCGGCCCCCGCCUCUCUGCAGAAGCCGCAAGUCCCAUCCAAACCCAAAGACCUCGCUGAGGAUGAGGCCGAUUAUGUGGUCCCUGUCGAAGAUAAUGAUGAAAACUACAUUCAUCCCACAGAAAGCAGUUCACUCCCAUCGGAAAAAGCUCCCAUGGUGAAUAGGUCAACCAAGCCAAACAACUCCUCAAAGCCGGCCUCUCCUCCAGGGACAACUUCAGGUCGAAACAGCGGGGCCUGGGAAUCCAAGUCACCUUCUUCCCCAACCGCGCCAUCCCCACUGCCGAGGGCCGGGAAAAAACCAGCUGCACCACUGAAGACAACUCCAGUUGCCUCUCAACAGAAUGCAUCAAGUGUUUGUGAAGAAAAACCUAUACCUGCUGAACGCCACCGAGGGUCUAGUCACAGACAAGAAUCCGUACAGUCACCAGUGUUUCCUCCUGCCCAGAAACAAAUCCAUCAAAAACCUGUACCUCUGCCAAGAUUUCCAGAAGGGGGAAGCCCAACUGUGAAUGGACCAUUACCCACCUUUUCAUCUAAUUCCACUAUUUCAGAACAGGAAGCUGACCUUCACUGCAAGCCAUGGUAUGUUGGUGCCUGUGAUCGAAAGUCUGCUGAAGAGGCCUUGCACAGAUCAAACAAGUACUUUGGAAGCGUUGCAGAAAUCAUCAGGAAUCAUCAACAUAAUCCCCUGGUUCUUAUCGACAGUCAGAAUAACACAAAAUAUUCCACAAGACUGAAAUAUGCAGUUACAGUUUCAUAAAGAAAAAAAAGGAGGUCAAUAUCAUUGCUUCAGACAUUUUCCCCAAGUUUCUUUUUGAGAAAAGUCUCAAAGCUUCAUAUUUUGGAUUAUGAAUCACUAGCAAUAAAAUAGAAGAUGGAGGCAGCUAUUGAGGUGGUCAUCCAUGUCUUUAUGAGAAGCUCACAUGGACUUGUUCUACCUAUUGUGUGACCCAAUGAGCUGUUAAUAUCUGGUGAGAUAUUAAUAUUCCCCAAAUAAAUGUCUUUAUUUAAAAGAAA